AUGAUCACUGAGACAAUUUUCAGGGAAAUGAUGAUAGUGUUUGUGUACGACACACAAUGCUGCACAUCAGAGGAGGAUGAUCCUAUUGAUGCUGUUCUGUACUUCCAUCCAAGUUGGGUGUCUGAUACACAGAGACAUGCGCUUGCGGGACAGGUUGUGGGUACGGCGCAUUGCGUCAAGUCUUUGUUCUCGCAGCCAGUGGCCAUCACGUUGCAGAGCGGCAAGUUCAUCAUCAGGGAAUAUGGCAGAUAUAUCUUGGCUGUAGGUAGCGACCGGAACAUCCCAGAUUGGGUGCUAAAGAAUCGCGCGAACCUGCUCACAUCCAUGAUAAAAGUGUACCACGGAGACCUGCAAGCGCUGGCUGCACAGAUGGACGACCCUAAACGACUAUCUGAAAAGCUCUUUCAGGUGUUCGAGACGUAUCUACCGGUGCUGCAAUAUGGCGCACACAUAUUCCAGCGAGUGCCGAUGCUCACUCUGCCUAAGAGCGCCACAUCAAUUUACAUGGAGUCGAUGCAGAUUUUAGAACAGUGUCGGAAAAGCAAAGGCGUUUUGGGAGGUGUCGUUUUGUACAAUAACAAAAUAAUAGCGACGCAGCUCCCUCCAGGCUUAACGUCCUACCUCACAGUAGUGGAUCCGUACCGGAUAAAGUCCCCUGCGGAGACCCUGGAUACGGUGACGCCACUGCCGCUUGGCGCACAGCUACUGGUCGUCUACGUAGGCAAGAAGACCUACGAGAAUCUGAAGAAGCAAGCUGAGAGGUUGCAGGAGUUUUAUUUAAACGGCGAAGACAUGAUUGGAAGGUUUAGAAAGAACCAAGAGGCGGAACGUGAAAAAAUGCGUGAGUUUCCCCAAACAGGGAUGAAGAGAGACAAGUCAUUGCUGUUCACCGCCGUACCAGAAGAGGACCACACGAUGAUAUCGCCUCCCAACAGAGACGAGCACACCGACCAAGAUAGGAAACCUCCAAGCAUGCCAGAUGUCGUCCCUUUCACAAAUAAACCACGACAAAGGCCAAAUAAACUAUCGCUCAGCUUCAAAACACAGAAAUCAGUUGAUGAAGACGCGACAGAAAAUGAAAAAGUCUUCACUGGCCAAACGAGUGUAUGCUCCACACCCAUGGUGGAAUACAAACGCCUUCAUGGUAACAUAUUAUCCAUCUGCCAAAACCCAGAAAGCCAGAACCAAGAAAAAGAAAUCAUAGAACCAGACGUCCUCAAGAACAUUGAAAACUGUGCCAAAGUGAACCUUGAAAACGAUAAACGAGACAACAAAAUUGUUUUAGACAUGAACUGUAUUGCGGACCACUAUAUUAAUAAACCUCAACCAAUGAGAAAGCUGGCCAGUGUCACUGACAUUCAAGAGACAUUUAAACGCGUAUCCAAUAGAGCAACAUCGAAGUUCAAGUUAAAGCGGUCAAAAUCUCCUGACGACGAAAAUUCGCCAGAACGUGCUUUUAAACACAGUACAAUGACAAUAAAUGACCCUUAUUUCCCAGUGUUCAGAGACGAUGGAGUCGCGAUAUCGGAGUCUCUUUUCAACCAGUACUUAGAGCAACAUUAUGCAAGAAUUAAGCAAGACGAGAAAGAAGACAAUAUGUUUACGUUUAACAUGAAAUUAUGCGAAUUAGAUAAUUUUAAAGAUUUCGAUUCGGAUUUCGUGAAAUCUCCCCAACGAACGUCCAAGAAGAUAGCCAAAGAUUCCACUAAAACUUUGUCAACGGAUCAAUCUAGAAGAAAAUCUCUGUCGUUGCCUCUAAAGUCGUUAUCUGAAAGUUCAGACUCUCAAAUAGGGUCGGACUCCGAAGCGACAAGUUUCAAAAAGAAGUUGACUGGGGUACAGUUGACUCCCCUGAUGGAGAAACUGAGUCAUUUGGCAUUUUCUGACAAAUCUAGCGGCUAUAGCAGUCGAGUGAUGACGCCUUUAGAAUUGAGGGAAUUCUUGACACCUGCAACCGAGAGACAAGUUACAUUUUCAGAUAGACCGAAAACGCAACGGCAAGACAGCGAUAGCGACGCAGACUCUGACUGCGACCUUGAAGUGCUUCCAGAAUACAGUCAGCACUCUGUCAAAUGCGGACUCUUCGUUAGCGGACUGCACAACAUGGCUUUGUUGGCAUUAAUCGAUACGGACGCGGCGAACGAUGCUGACACUAUUAAUUCGUUGUGGGAAAUCUCCCUCAACGCUCUAGGCCCAAUCGAGGAAAAAUGCAUGGAGCCACUACCCGCAGGAAUGGAACCCACAGACUACAGCUACUUGACGCUGGACCCCGACUGGGGGACAGUCAAGAAAGGGGGUCCCUGGGCCGCGUUGGAUAUUGCCACUAUGGGCCUUAUACAUAACGAGUUUAGCGAGGAUUCAGAGUUGUCGGAGUUCAUUUUAAGGAGCGACGAAAGCGUGGUGGUGGGCGUGUCGUGCGGGGGCGCGCAGGUGUACUACCAGGAGCGCGGGUCGCGCGCCGCCGGCCCGCCCGCGCCCUCGGACGCGCUGGCCGCCGCGCCGCUGCGCGCGCGCAGGCGCCUGCACCGCGACCACGCCGUGCUCUUGUUGUAAAGCCCGCGUUGCUCUACCCCAACCGGCUGCUGUCACACCUCACUUGGGAAAUUAUUUUCGCCAUUGUGUUUAGUGGCCAGGCAAUGUUUAGGUUGUAAGUGAAGAAAAUGAAUUGGCUUCAUAAUGAACCCUCUCCGUGUUACCGAAUUCUGAAAUUCCAAACGAAAGACCAUUUUCUCAGUUGUGAGUUACCAGGAUAAAGGGAAGCGUUAUCAUCACGACUCUGAACCUUUGUAAGGGUCCACUUGUCAUUCGUGUCUACGUGGCCGAAUAAGAAACUUCAAACCGCGAUGGAUGAACUUACUAUUAAUAACUCGUACAUUUAAAUUGUCUCAACUUCGGAGUAAUCAACUUUUUCUCCAACUUAUCUCAGUUAUUUUAUACGCAAAUCCAAUAUGGGAAUCGUUUUUUCAGUAUUCGUUCAUUUUUAAAGUUGCUUAUCUACUGUAAGGUGAUGAACACACUGCACCGCGCCCGCGGUGGCGGAGACGCAGAUCUGCGUCAACGCGUUUAAUCUAGUGCUCGCUUCGCAGUUGAUCGCCGUAGUGAUUAUAUAUGUAGCCGAGAUUCUUCUUUGCCAAGAAUGGUUAAUAAUACAGAACAUCGAUAAAUAGAUAAUUUCAACUUCAAAAUUGCAAAUUGCAAUUAUUUACUAAAAUAUGAAGAUAAAUUUGGUCGAUCGACUUGUUCAGUUUUCUACAUCUAUUGUAAAAAACUGAACUUGUCCUUAAGCUUAAAAAUCUGCGCGGUAGUGCGGAGCGCAGUGUGCCUUACCCUGCGGUACGCGGCGCCCCUCCGCGCGGGGGUGCGGUAAAACCGCGCGCGGAGAAGCGUUGUCUGUGUGUUCGACCGCGCGUCUUCCAUACAAACUCCUCAGUUUGUACCUCUACUAAGUAAGUACCUCUACUUCAGUACAAAGUUGAAAAACGCAGCUCCGCGCUCCGUCACGGGGCCCGGUACAGUGUGAUAAUCGCCUUAAUCGAAACCAACUACAUUACUGGUUACUUUUUUCACAAAUUACUUCUACUUGAAAUAAACUGAAGAGUGUAGACAGUUUUCACAUAACAAUAUAUUUGCAAUAUUCGAAGAUUUUUCUACUUUUUUUAAAUUCCAAUACUCGUUAAUUCCAAAAGUACAUUUUCACAUUCCAGUAUUUAAUAAUUUCAAAGGUAACACAUAUCUUCUUGUAAUUCGAUAUUUAUUGUAGAUAUUCUGUAGAUAAUUAUUUAUGUAGGCGUUUGGCUAGUUUUAAAGCAACUAGUUACCUUUUAGCGUCCCAUUCCAGAAAAGACUUGAGAGGCUAUGAAAAUGAUGUCAAUGUUAGAUGUCAGAGCCGAAUAAAUGGAAUUAAUAUUGCAUUUUAUUUCAAAUAAUUUAGUAGGUUUAGCUUUAUGCCUGUGGCGGUUAAGAAUUGCGGAUUGUGAACAAUUUGCUAGUAGCUCGGGUAACGAGUCCUUUUUAUUGCCAGCCGAGGGAAUUUGACGCAAAUUAUUACGGGUUUGGGCCGCGAUGCAGCCCCUUAGGUGAAGCGAUGCAGGGGCGCGGCAGCCGCGCGUCAAUAAUUUUAAUGUUCGUUUAUUUGUAACUGCAAAAGUGGCUGCAACUGCGCGAGGCACGACAGGAGCACUGCACCGGUGCGCGCUUCUAUAAACGCCCAAUUUGAAGGCGCCCUUAGACCGCCGUAGUGAAAAUACUCGUUGCUAAACAAGCUACGUUAGUUUCGUUCUCUAUAGACGUGGUGCCUAAAGCUGCAGUGUCAGAAUUUGUUUGUACAAACUCAACACCCAGCUUUAACAUUAUUUAUAAAAUAACAUUUAUGAAAUAGAAAAUUAACUAUAUGCUGGUUAAGUACAGAAAUCGAUAAAAAACUGUAUUUAUUGUUUUGAUAUUUUUUAUUAAGUCGAUGUGGAGCUCUAGCAAGAAUUUUUUGCUCAUCUAAUUUUGCCACUAGGAACGUAGGAAAUAAUGAUUUGCCAUUGUAUCUUGCCAGGAAAGUGUCAUAUUUACACUGUAGCUUGUAUAUUGGUAUUUAUAGGAUUUUGGACAUCACAUAGGCUACAAAACGGUUUUUAUUUGCGAAGAAACUAUUCUUGGAUGUCGCUGCUAUUUACGGAUUAUUGAACGUCACAUUAUAUUGUUACAUACGUUUGUGUACUGACGUUUCUAGCCCGUGCUUUGUCCAAUAUCGUUUUCCCUUCGAUACAAUCGGUCUACUUUCCCGACCGGUCCACUUUCAUUA